AUGACAACCUCCUCCUCCUCGACGUCAACAACGACUUUUUCAUUCAUUCAUGAAAUAAUCCUUUCAUUGAAAGAAAAGACAAAGUCUUCUUCGAUUCGAUUCAUGAAAUGUUUCUUGUUGAUUUCAGUGGUUGCGGUCUGUGUGGUGAGUUUGAAUGUUUUACUUCUUGGCCAAAUUCGAAAUCGAUCGCAAAUGUUGCUCUCCUCCUCGUCCGUGAUGACGAAUCAUCUCGCACAUCAUCAUCAUCAUGACAAUAUUUCAUCGACGAAUUCUUUUCCUGCUUUCAAAGGAUUUCCUUAUUUGAAUGAAUAUCAACCUCCUUCUGUUCCAAAGAUAUUUCAAAUAUUUGUCAAGACCGCUGUGGAUCUUUCCUUUCAAAUCAAUCAUGAUGAUGAUAAGGAUGAACAACAACCACAACAACAUUUUGAGACAAAUAAUUUUGAAGAGAAACAACAAUCACCAAACGUUCACAACAAGAAGAAAUAUCAAGAAGGUUUUUAUCACCAAAAUCGAGACGUUCUCUUUUCCUCAACACAUCGAUGCAUUCGAUAUCGACUCGAUUUGGAACGAAGACAAAAUUCACCACUUUUCACAACAUGUCUUUUUGAAAAUAUUUGUUUCAAUCGAAGAGGAGAAUGGAUUUUAUAUUCCAAGUCACAACAAGCCAAAGAUAAAAGUGGACAAGUUUGGGUACAGACCUAUCCGUAUACUUUCUUGACAGGUGACAUUCAUCGAGUUCGUGUCAAAGUAUUGGAUCCUCCUCGUGAUUUAUUAUUUCGAGGAGUUAAUGGAAUAUUUGACACAAAUCAUGCAACAGAUUCAAUCAUGAUCUUGUCAAAAAAUUUUAAAUGGAUUGAAAAACCAACGUUUGGAACUUCGAGACAUGCCACUGCCAAUGUGGGACAUGCAAUUUUAGAUAAUUUUGCACUCGUUUUUAAUUCAAUGCUUAAUUUCGAUUAUGUGAGUCCUGACAGUCACAUUUUAUUCAUGGAUGACAUGUAUCCAAAUUUUGCAGGAGACACUCGAACGCCAGAAUUGAUUCAAUUGCAUGGUGACAUUGCAACAAACACUUCGAUCGAAUGGGCUCAAAGAAUGACCAAUCUCGAAACUUUACAACAAUGUUUGAAUGCUGAAGAAGGAGCAUUUAUUAAAAAAGCUCCUUGUCAAGUUGCUCAUAUUCGAAAUCCAGAGAAUGAAAAAGCUGGUGAGGUGGAUACUUGUUUUUCGAGCUUGGUGGUAGGAUCGACUGGAACCAUGUAUGGCUUUAUUGAAGGACGUGAGUCGGUGGUGGCACUUUUUAGAAAGUUUUUGUUGAGACAAAUGAAAGAGCUCGAGAAUUCACGACCAUUCUCAAAAACUUUUAGAAUUGCCAUUCAGAACAAACCUUUGAAUUCGAUCAAUCGAGACGCAAUUAUUAAUGUCGAUAAGAUUGUCCGUUACUUAACGACAAAUAUUUCUGAGAGUGAAAUGUUGGAACUUGCGAAUCAAGCUCGAUCUGAAAAGGAACCAAAAUAUGAACGCGUUGAAAUUGUUAAUUUGAAAUUGGAGAAGAUGACUUUUGAGGAACAGGUAGAAUUCUUUGGUGAUUUGGAUGUUUAUGUGUCGUCUCAGGGAGCUGCUUCGUACAUGUCACUGUUCAUGACGAAACCAAAUGCAGUGAUGUUGUACGUACCCAUGUGUUUCAGAAACUCUUUGACAUGUUCGGAUUACAACUUGAAAAUUCAUGAAACCUUGGCGACUAAUGUGAAAAUUAUUUCACUGGUGCAUUAUGCUCAUUUGUUGGAGUGUGUGAAAGGAAAUUCUGAUGAGGAGGAAGGAUUUAAAGUGAAGGCUCAAGCACACACGCAGCCUUAUGGAGAUUGCCACGAAAGAAUUGAUCCUGAGGGUUUGUAUCGAGAAUUAAUCACAAAGGCAUUGCAGCGAUUGUUGUAA